AUGGACGGCAUCAAGCGGAAAAUCGAGAGCAUGCGUCUCGAGAUCGACGACGGUCAGACAAAGCUCAGCGAACAGAAAGCCCGCAUCAAAGAGUUAGAGCAGGAGAACCUAGCCAAAGAACAAGAGGUAACCUCACUCACCCACCGGAACCAGCUGCUUGAGGAGCGGGUAGAGAAUCUCGAAGCCACACUCAAGGAGGCCAAAGCCAAAGCGAGCGAGGCGGCUCAAGACAGUUCACAGAAUGAGGCCCUGCAGCGCCGUAUACAGCUUAUGGAGGAAGAGGCCGAGCAAACCGACAAGACCCUCAGAGAGACCAACGAGAAGCUGCGCCAAACGGACGUCAAGGCCGGACACUUCGAGCGUAAAGUGCAGGCUCUCGAGGCCACACGCGAGCAAUGGGAGACCAAGUACGAGGAGAUGUCGAAGCAGUACGCCGCCGUCAAGGAAGAGCUCAAGGAGCUGGAGCGGUCUAUCAGCGAUGUCUAGAGCUUUAGAGUGCACAACAUAAAAUAAAC